AUGUCUAUGCCGCCGAGUUCCCCGCGGCUUCCCAGCCCCCCUCCUCCGGCCGAGAUCCAGAUCAGCCCCAAGUCACCGCUAAUGGGCCCCAACGCUACCCGCCAGGCGUCACAAAUCGAGCAGACCACUCUCGACACCAAUUCUAAGCGGCGCAUUCACAAGGGCACUAAGGCUGCUGAUAUGGCCGCAGGCCCCCCUCUUGUGCCCCUUCAUGAGCUUGACUCGGCAUUCCAGCUUCAGGAACAUCUUUCUGCGUUACACUACCACCAUACUGCAAGCCACACGAAGUCCAUUACCCGGGAGACCGCCAAGCUACUGGCCACCCCUCCUACUGGUGUGGACAAAACCUUGUGGCUGUAUGAGUUGUGCCGGUUCCUGAUUGCUCAGUGCAACAGCUUGAUCGUCGGCUUCCUGUUCGAUACCCCUCCGUGCAGCGCAGCCACGUGCCCCGAAAUGCGUGCGAGCGAGUGGCAGUUCCUGUGUGCCGUGCACGAGUCGCCCAAGAAUUGCUGUGCCAUCGACUACUGCUGUCACACUCUCGAUUGGGCUGCCAACGUUGUGACCAACCCUAAGAUCUUCCCUAGCCGGUUUGUCGUCGAUCACCACGAGAAGAGCACCGCUGUUAAGAACCUCGUCAACGUCUUCCGCCGUCUGCAUCGUAUUUUCGCCCAUGCCUGGUUCCAGCAUCGCGGUGUCUUCUGGGCUGUCGAGGGCCAGACAGGCUUGUAUGUCUUUUUCAAGACCGUGUGCGACACCUAUGACUUGCUGCCAGCAGAGAACUACAAGCUUCCUCCCGAGGCCGAAGGGCUUGACGGCACUGCCCUCCACGGCGAUGGCUUCCCAGACAAGAGACAGCACAUGCCUGCGGCCUCAAUCGCCAUUGCCAAGCCGCCCCGUGACGUCGAUUACACCCCCGAGAGCAGAACAAACACGAGAAGGCACAUUAAGAGUAGCCCUUCGACUGGUAGCGCUGUCACCACGGUACCUGAGGCAGAGGAGGACGAGGACCCGUCACAUCUGUCCAAUAAGCUUGGCCAGCUGCACAUCUCUCAUCCCCCUCCUCCACUGCCGCCCCAAGCGCCGGCAGCAGCGAAUGAGGAAGCUCACGAGACGACAAGCACCAUCCCCGUUAUGGUGGAGCACCGCACCCCAGUCGCCGAGCUUCCCGUCCGGCCAGCCAGCGUGGUUCCUCCGGUUGGUAAGAUCGCGAUCCAGCGCAGAGCUGAGCCAACGUUGGAGUCGGCGGGCCCUGCCACAGCAGCAGCAACAGCACCGACACGGGCAGCAGUACCAAAGCAAGCAGCAGGCACCCCCCUCCCAUUGCUACCACUAGUGGAUGAUUCAUUCAUUCCUAACCAGCACGCGGCCGCUGACGCUGGUGCUCCUGCUGCUGAUGCGCAGAGUGCACAGGAGGAGCAGACAACUGCUGUACCUGACGAGCCGACGCUUCCUCCAGAGAAACCGGUUCCUGAGAAGGAGCAGCAAGAGAGUGUUGUUUUUGUUGAGAAACUGCCGCCGCCACCGCCACAGCAACAAGAGCAACAGGAGGAAGUGGCUUUGCCUCAAGGAGAAGCAAAAGCGGAGGGCGUUUCUGGUGCACCACCGGCACCGCCUCCUGCUGUUACUGUGACAGGAGAAGGCGAAAGUCUUUUGGCUGGGGCCCCUGCGCCGGUCCAAACUGAUGGUGAUGAUGACGAUGAUGAUGAGGAGGAAGAGGAGGAGGAGGAGGAGAGUGCUGAGCUUGUGGCAGAGGCGGCGCCAAAUGCUGUUUCAGUCGACAAGAGAGAAGAGAAGAGUGGCGAGGGUGGCGAGAAAGAAGCAGAGGACAUGAGAGAUACUGUUGAAAAUGAAAAGAAGAAAGCUGAGGUUAAUGCUGAGUCCGAGAAGGAGAAGGAACAGAAAAACGCUGAUGGGGAUGAGGGGCCCAAGCCAGUAUCUCAGCCCCAGCCCCAGCCUGAGACAGGAGAGGGGGAGAAGGCCGCAUGA